AUGGUAGCCACUGAGGAUGACCUUGCCAACGCACUGCACAAACAGCCCUGGUCUGGCCAGGACGACAUUCCCCUACACAGCAAGUCUACCCUGGUGAAACUCAUUGCCCAGGGCCUCAUGAAGUACAAUGUAGAGAGCCGAAUCCAGAACCUUCGCCUCCUGGACAGUCUGAAAGCCUUGGGCCAGAUGGCCCCAGGAGUGGUGGGCUGGCUGAUUGGCAACCUGAAACUCCAGCAGCAGCAAGACAGCAGCUCCAACAUCACCAACGUUCACCUGGACUAUGGCAGGAUCCAGAUGUGUCUCCAAGAGGAGUGGUUCUCAACAAACAUCUUGCACGAAUUUGACAUUGAACUGAGACUGCCCUUCGAUAAUGAGAUCACAAAGAUGCACGUAUGCAUGACACUCAUCGUGGAAUUCUGGCUGGACAAAGAUGAGUUCGGCCGAAGGGAUCUGGUAAUAGGCAAAUGCUCCGUGGAGCCCAGCAGCAUCCACACAGCGAUCCUCACUGUUGACAUCCCACCAAAGACAAAACAUCUUCUCCACAAUCUUAGAGAAAGUCUGGAAAAAGUCAUCCCACACCUCAUAGAAAGUCAAGUGUGUCCUCUGAUCAGUGAAAUCCUCGGGCAGCUGGAUGUGAAACUGUUGAAGAGCCUCAUGGGCUGCUGCUCGAGACUGUGACCAGCUGUGAG